GAUAGAGUGGCUAGGAUCAAUGCUGGGUAAUGGUAGUGGCAGACAAGCUACUCCAAAUGGCAGAAAAUGGAGGGGUUGUAUCCAUACCACAUAGGGAGGGAGGAUCUUAAUUAGUAUUUUGUUUCUUAGCAGCUGUUGGUAUGUCAGAGGCUUGGAAUUGGCAACAUCUAAAACUGCUGUAGUUACUGACCUCACCCAAGUUCCAAGGGCUCUUCCUGAGCCUCAGAGCUAAAAUACUCUGGAGCACUUUCCUAUUGGCUGGGAAGACCAACUCAAGUUCCCUUGCCCAUGUUUGGAGGUGGACGCCUCCUGAACUAAAGAUAGAAACAGCUGGCCCUUCUAGGCAGCUAAAAGCCUUCAGACUUAAGAGGUAUUCCCCACUCUGCAGCCAGACUCCUUGAAAUACCCUUUGAGUAAGCUCAACCAACGCAUCCAUGUCUCUGCUCUGCCAUAACAAAGGCUGUGGGCAACACUUUGACCCUAAUAUCAAUCUCCCUGGUGAGUAAAUACUGACCUUGGGCUCUGAGUAGGUGUUAGCUGUUCAUCUGUGGGCUGGCUAUUGGGAACAGGGAGAACAAAAGCUGGGCAUGAUUUGGGUGAUCUUCAGUCUGCUGGUUUACUUUCCACAUUGAAGAACCAUUAACAUGAACCUGAAGAAAAUACGAGGGAUGCUAUUUGACAUAGUUCUUUGCUGCUUUCUGGUAUCUACAGAUUCCUGUCACUAUCACCCUGGGGUUCCAAUCUUCCAUGAUGCACUUAAGGGUUGGUCCUGCUGCCGAAAGCGAACUGUAGAUUUCUCUGAGUUCUUAAAUAUCAAGGGCUGUACUGUGGGACCACACUGUGCUGAGAAGCUUCCUGAGGGCCCUCAGCCUGAGGGCCCUGCCACGAGUUCGCUUCAGGAGCAAAAACCUCUGAAUACAAUUCCAAAGUCAGCAGAGACCUUGCUCCGAGAAAGGCCUAAGGCAGAGAUGCCUCCAAAACUGCUGCCACUUAUUAUAUCUCAAGCCCUGGGAGUGGCAUUGGAACAGAAGGAACUAGACCAGGAACCUGGAGCAGGACUUGACAGUAGUCUGAUCUGGACUGGUUCCAGCUGCCAGAACCCAGGAUGUGAUGCUGUUUACCAAGGUCCUGAGAGUGACUCUGCUCCAUGUACCUACCACCCAGGGGCACCUCGAUUUCAUGAAGGGAUGAAGUCUUGGAGCUGUUGUGGUAUCCAGACUCUGGAUUUUGGGGCAUUCCUGGCACAGCCAGGAUGCAGAGUUGGUAGACAUGACUGGGCAAAGCAGCUGCCAGCUUCUUGCCGCCAUGAUUGGCACCAAACAGAUUCCUUGGUAGUGCUGACUGUAUAUGGCCAGAUUCCACUUCCUGCAUUUAACUGGGUGAAAGCCAGUCAAACUGAGCUUCAUGUCCACAUUGCCUUUGAUGGUAACCGCGUAUUCCAAGCCCAGAUGAAGCUCUGGGGGGUCAUAAACGUGGAGCAGAGUUCUGUCUCCUUGAUGCCAUCACGGGUGGAAAUCUCCCUGGUCAAGGCUGACCCAGGAUCCUGGGCCCAGCUGGAGCACCCCGAUUCACUAGCUGAGAAGGCGAGGGCAGGGGUUUUGUUAGAGAUGGAUGAGGAAGAAUCUGAGGAUUCAGAUGAUGACCUGAGCUGGACAGAGGAGGAGGAAGAGGAAGAAGAAGCUAUGGGGGAAUAGUAACAGCAGCCAGUUGAGUUUCUAGGUAGGCUCUCGGCGACCUCAGAAACUAGGAUAUGGUUGACUGUGUGGUGUCACUGAGCAGCAGGAGGCUGGAGGAGGAGAGAACAAACUGUGCUGCUGCUCCCCUAAAUAAACCUUAUAUUCUGCAGUUUCACAUAAGCGUCCUCUCUCACCUCAUCAUGGAAGAGUGGAUUCAGUCCCACCCCGCCACCACUUGGCUGUGUGUUUGGCACACAUGUGAAAACAAGCACAUGCAUAUGUAUUCUGCUCCUCACAGCCACCAGGAGCUUAUGAGCACAUCCUGUAUGUCCAGUUCCAUCUUAGAUGGUUUACAGAAAGCUGAGAAUUAGGCUUAUUCAUUUCUCUCAAGAGAAAGACCUGGGCUGGGCAUGGUGGUGCAUGCCUGUAAUCCUACCACUUAGGGUCAGGAGUUCUUGGUCAUUCUCACCUACAUACUGAAUUGGAAGCUAGCCUGGGCUACAUGAAACCUUGUCUUACAACUUUCCCUCUGAAUAAAAGGUACAAACAGAAAAAAAAAAAAGAAAUGACAUUCUAAGCUGGGUCUGAUGGCUCAUACACCUCGAAUUCCAGCACUGGCAAAGCUGAAUUAGAAGGACUGCCAUGAUUUUAAGGCCAGCCUGGUCUAGUUUGAGCUAAAAAAAUAAACCCAACAUCCUAGCUAGUUGUAGUUGUUUGUUCCUACAAUUCUAGUAAGCAGGAGGCUAAAGCAGGAGGAUUUUAAGUAUAAGAUCAACCUAGGCUACAUAGAAAGUCCAGAUGCCUGGAUGACAUUCUUGGUGACCCUAGUGCUUUUGCUAUUGUUUACUACAUAUGAGAGUGUAUGUGUAAAGGAGAAGACACAAAAGUUAGUACGGUGUGCCUAGAUUGAAAAAAAUCCUAAAAUUAUAGGUCAUUAUUUUUAUAGUCUUGCUAUAUGACCCAGAAUCUUCUUGCCUCAGCCUGCUCACUGCUGUAAUUACAGGUGCAAGUCCCCUUGCUCAGACCCAAAAAGUAUGGGGUAUUUUUGUUCAUAGUACCGGGGAUACUCUAACCCAGGACCUACCACAUGCUGUACAGACA